CUAUCAUUCACUAUCUUUAGCAUCUUCGACAACCAACUUUCUUAGUUUCCAUCUAUGAAUAUUAUAUUUAUACACCUUCUUUAAACUUAUAUGCACUCUUUGAAGAAAAACUUAUAGGUAGCUAAAUUGUUCAUUGAUAAAAGACUAAAUGUUACAAUAAUAUUCUUUUUGUAAUUUGUACUCUAUAUUUGCUCCAAAAAAGAAGGAAGUUUUGCUACUCUUGGUUGCAUUCAUGAAAAAUAUGUGAAAUGGAUAUCACCUCACUUGUGUUAGAAAUUUCUUCGUCAGUGGAUCUUUCAAGAUUUAAGAAUUUCAUGACAGUGAGUAAGGGUAAGAGUAAGCAUAACACUAAUGAUGCAUACAGAUCCGGAAAUGAAAUCUUGUGGGAUUUCAUCAAGAAGUUUGACAAGCUGUGUGUUAAGGCAGAUGCAAUGACGGGAAAGGAAAAACAACUCAAGUUUGAAAUGAAUAGUUCAAGUGAUAUAAAACUGUUAACAGAUUCAAAGGCUUCAGAUUCAAAGAAAAUUGUGAAGCCAGUGAGUUGUUCAGGAGGAAAGGUUUGCAAUAAUAGUUCUUGCAAGGGGAAGGGAAUCUUGCAGGCUGGUGUCGUUGAACACCUUAAUGGCCGACUGAAAAUCCUUGAAGAAGAAACUAAGACUAUGAAACAAGAUAUCUUGGAGGCUCUGGAAGAAAGGAGAGAGCUGGUGAAUGAUAUAUAUGAGCAGUUUCAGAUUAUACAUUGUCACCUUCGCAUACGAAAUCAAGUGAUGGAAGAGUCUAGUUAUGAUGAUACUUUGAUUGCAAAUUCUCCAAAGGAUGGAAGGAUAAUUGGGGCUGGUAUAACAGAAAUUUUUCUCCAAGAACCAAGUAUGUCUCUUGUCACCAGAGAUCUUAGAGCUGGCACGUUAGAAUUCCAAGAAUCUGCUUAAGUAGUGCAUGGACUCUCAAUGAGAUGAUUUUUUUUUUAUCUGAAAUUUUAUGAAAGUUGUGCAACCACCUGUUUUAGUUUGUGUUUUUUUGGUGUGUUAAAAAAAAA